GCCAUUCCAUCAUUCCUGUGAGAAACCCAGAAGCAAAAGGUGGCAAAACAUUUUUUGACAAGAUGUCAUCAGAAAAUGCUCAGAACAACAAAGCUGAAGGUUCUACGGGUGAUAAGAAGACUGCUGGUGGUCUUUCAGGAGGCAUUAAAGAAAGUGACCACGUGCCUCUGGAGAACCAGGAAGUCUUCUCCUUAAAAGAAAGAAUGGCUUUGUACCAGGCUGCUGCAUCUAAAGUAGAGAUCAGCAACUCCUCUGCUAAUGCUCUGGAGGAAUCAGGGGCAUGCAGAAUACCUGGAGGCCUGGCAAGUGUGAAGAACCAGUUUGAAAAAGGAGAAGCUCAGUACCAAUAUCAGCAAAAAUCUGUACAGGUAAAAAUGGAGGAAUCAUAAUAGUUGUUGAAUUGUUGAAUCAUAAUGGGGAAACCACGAUCCUGGUCUUGUGGAAGGCAUCUUGUAAUGCAAGGCUCUUGCUAGGUCCCAUUUUCACUUAGAAGUGGUGAUUAUUUCACUCU